AUGGAAAACUUCUUUGAUGACGAUGUUUCAGUGCAGGAAAUGGAGCUCUUAGAGCCAAAUUAUGAAGUGUUUAUGAAGUGGGCCCAGCCUACAACUAUUUGGGAUACCAUCAGUAAUCGGAUUAGAAUGGCAACGAUCAGUUCUAUUGUCAGAAAAUGUUCUCUUCAUCUCCAUUUAGCUUCGAAUUUUGCCACUAAACGUUUCGUUGGGGUUCGUCGGAAACAUCUGAGAAAAUAUUGUUAA